AUGGAUUCGAUGGGGCCUGUGGUUAUUGCAUCUGCCCGCGGCACGCCGCACGAGCAGCACUGUGCAGUCGGCCAGACAGAACCUCCAUGGUCUGGAAAUUCCGCCCGUACUAUUCCGCCCGUAUCCAUGCUCAUCAUAGGUCCGCCGGAUUUCCCUGCAACAAUUAGCACGCCGGGCUGGCGAAGAUGGAAAUCAGGCUGCACAUCAGUUGGCAGUCCUUCAUCCCGAGGCACACACAGAAAUGGAAUUGUUGGGGCUGACGAUCCUGCCGGCACCGAGAUCCACAGUCUCUGGAAACGCUAUGCUGUGAUUUUGGAGACAAGCGCGGGCCUGGGGGGAAUGGCGAGUCUGCUAUGGAUUUGGAGAGGGCGUGCAUAUGGCCCCUGGGUUAUGUCCAGGUCCCCGUUUCAAGGUAUGCCAGCAUGUGGUCUCGAGGGCCAAAUCAAACUGGUUGGGGGUAUUCUGGUAUGCUUGACUAAAGAAUUUGUGUUUCCGCAGGCACGCAAAAGCGGAUCUGUGUGGUGGAAAACGUGGGACUACUUAGUCUAG